AUGGCUACAGGACAGAAACUCUAUCCUCGAGCAAAUCUUAAGAAGAUCGUGAAAGCUCAUUCCAAGCGUAAUCUCACCAAAAAUGUUGAUGUAUUGAUCUUCCUCGAUUAUAUGCUAUUUCUCGAAACGUUAAUGAAGGAAGCUGGUAUCAAUGCGAAGCAGGCUGGAGAGCGUGGCAUUAGUGCCAAGAGUAUCAAAAAGGUUACUGAACUAUCGCUAUCGAAAUUUAAGGGAUGA